AUGCGGCCAUUAACCGACGAGGAAACUGAGAUGGUAUUCUCUAAGUUAGCAACAUUUAUAGGCGACAAUGUAGCGCUUCUAAUCGAGCGAGCAGAUGGUGACUAUUGUUUCCGGAAUCACAAGGAACGUGUUUACUACUGCUCAGAGAAUCUGAUGCGACAAGCUAGUUGCAUUGCACGAGAACCACUACUAUCAUUUGGCACUUGUCUUGGUAAAUUUACGAAGUCUCGCAAGUUUCAUCUCCAUAUCACCGCUCUCGACUAUUUAGCGCCAUAUGCAAAGUAUCGAGUGUGGUUGAAAGCUAACGCGGAACAGCAGUUUCUUUACGGGAACAACAUUCUGAAAUCUGGAAUCGCACGAAUGACGGAAGGCAUUCCGAGCCACGCUGGUAUCGUUGUCUACAGCAUGAAUGACAUGCCAUUAGGGUUUGGUGUAGCUGGAAAAGGAACGGUAGAAAGUAAGCGUGCCGAUCCGACUGCUGUUAUUGUUCUUCAUCAGUGCGAUUUGGGCGAAUAUAUUCGUAACGAGAGUGCGCUCACAUGA